AUGACAGACAGUACUCUGCGGACAUUUUGGACUUCAGCGUGAUCUCGCUUCAAACUGGGCGCGCGAAAAUCUCUCUUUAACGAAACGAUCUCUCUUUAUAUAAAAUCUACCGAAUCAACACGUGCAUGCUGCUGAGAUAUGUCGCACAAAAUACGCACAAGUCUCCGGCAGGCGCUGGAGAGUCUGACCGGUACCGACCUGGAGAAGUUUUGUUUCCAUCUGAGGGACCGCAGGGACGAGCCGAAGAUCAGGCGAGGACAGGUGGACGAGACUAAUCCUGUGAAGAUCGUAGACCUCCUGGUUUCUAAGUUCACGGAGCUGGGAGCUCUUAAAGUGGUUUUGGAGACACUGAGGCUGAUCGACUGUAACCAGGAGGCUCAGACACUGGAGUCAAAGACCAAAGCUUGUUUGGACAAAAGUGAUCCCAUUUUUCGCAAGACCUCUGACGGGAAGUUGGACAGAAAGCCCUCGCAGGAGGCUGAGUUCUAUGCAGCCGGGCAGUAUGCUUUAAAAGCUGCUCAAAAAGGACGUGCUCCUGUGACGAUGAAGAAGCCAGAGGAGGUGGAGGCUGACGCCAAGGCUCACGUUCUCUCUGAGGGCGGAGACCCUGGCAACGACCGGCUCCUUCUGAGCAGAUAUGUGAUUCAGUUUGGCAAAUACAAAGGUCAAAACUUCAAAUGGCUGUUGGAGAAUGAUGUGAGCUACGUUGCCAUGUUGGUGGCUGCCCACCAGACGGAGCAAGAGAACUCCGUUACCAGUACAACGACAGCCCAGAAGGUUUCCUUGACUAAAUACGCGAUUCCUUACCGUGAGGUUUUGGGAGAAGUCAGAUUUCAUCGUGGGGUUGAAAGAGCCAAAGAGAGAUCCCUCCAGCCAGGACAAGAGGGAGAGGCCCUCGUUGGUUUUGGUAUUUACAAAACGGAGACGCUGAAGGAUCUGUAUGAGUCAAAGAACCGGGGCAAAAUCAGCUAUGUCAACUUCCUCAGAGGAAAGAAGUCAACCUGUGAUCCUGGGAGCAAGAUGGACGCAGCCAUCAGAUACAUUUUACAGCGGGACCAGAGUCGGGCUUCAGCUGCCACUGCUCCCAGCAGGCCGUUCACCAGAUCUUUCACCAGGGCAACCAGGAAGAGACGGAGUAACAGGAACCAGUAUGCCAGUUCCUCAAGACCCAAGGUGAAAAGGACCUGAUGGAGGGCACAACAAUCCUGUCUUCACCAUUACUGACAAAAUCCUCUUUGGAGCCUCCUGUGGCAUACACUAAACUUCUCUUGGGAUCAAUCAAGUAUCUAUUUGUAUCUCUAUUUAUCUAUUUAUCUAUCUAUCGAUCUACCAAUGAAUGUAUAAAUGUGUUUAUCUAUCUACCUCAUUAGAUACAAUUACGAUCAUUCAGAGCCAUUUAUUGAGGGAGCAUUUUCUAAAGGGCUUACCCUAUGCUGAGUAAAGAUAAUGUAAAAAUGCAUUAUGAGGAUAAAUUAUUCAGUGCCUAAUUGUAGCUUGGACAUAGAUGUAAACAUCUAAUUGUGGUGAAGGCCUUCUUACUUGUUUUCUUGUUUUUAAAAUGUAGAGUGUUUUUAUCUAAACCAGGGGUGUCCAAACUACGGCCCGCGGGCCAACUGCGGCCCGCAAUCCAUUUUUUAUUGGCCCGCAUCAGUUUUUUUUUUAUAGUAAUUAAAAAAAAAACUUACAAUUUUUUAAACUAACAAUUUAGUAGCACUUAAAUGAUACUUGCUUAUAGCACUUAGUAGUUUUGCUUUAUUUUUGAAGAAAUUGUACUUUCUUGAUUCUUGUUGUUCAGGGUUUGUACCCUCGGGGUUGAUGCACUUAUUGUGAGUCGCUUCAGCUAAAUGAAGCGUCAGCUAAAUGAAAUGUAAUGUUAUGUAAUGUAAUGGACUAUGGCCCACUGUAUUGCACCCCCAGUUUAGACAUUAGGUGGCGCCCAACUCACCCCUGACCUGCCAGCCGUCCCUCAGA